CCUCUACCCCGAGCCUGCAUCACGCCUGCAUCGAGCAAGCACGGGACAUCGCAUCGGCUACACCAAUGGCCUCAACCAUUGGUGCUUCCGGUCCUCGUGGUUUCGAAAACAUCGAGCCACUAACAGGAAACAACUUCCAAACAUGGAAGGACUCGUUGCUAUUGCACUUAGGUUGGCAUGAGGUUGACCUCGCGCUUAGAGAAAGUAAACCAGAGGAACCUCCAAAGGGUGCCACUGGGUAUGCUGAGCUUAAGAAAGCCUAUGACACUAAAGUUGAGCAGUGGGAGAGGUCGAACAGAAUGGCACUCCGAAUUAUGAACUUCUCCAUCUCAACUGAGAUUAAAGGGGCUAUUCCCACUAAAGAAAAUGCCGCCGAAUAUUUGAAAUCGGUGGAAGAACAAUUUAAGGGCUAAGAGAAAGUGUA